AUGUAUUGCCACGAUACGAACAGACAAAAAGUUUGCGAUCAAUGUGGCAAAACAUUUGCCUGUAAUUCCAGUAUGCAAAAACAUGUCAAUUCCGAACAUUCCGAAAUUAAACCAGAACCUCAACAAUGUAAAAUAUGCAAUACCUGGUAUCGCAACAUGUCGGGCUUGAGAACACACAUGAAAUUUAUGCAUGAAAAUAUUGGAGGUGAACAUCGUUGUCAGAUCUGUAAUAAAGUAUCGUCAAAUGCACGAGCUCUACGAAGGCACAUCUAUUUGAAUCAUGAAUGUGAACGCAAAUACAAAUGUCACAUGUGUGAGAAGGCCUUUAAAAGAGAACAGGAUUUGAGAGAACACAUUUCUGUACAUACAGGUGAAGCCUUGUAUACUUGUCCCAAUUGUCCCAUGACAUUUUCCUCUAGUGCCAAUAUGUACAAACAUCGUCAACGUUUGCAUAAGGCCGAGUACGCGGCACAUAAGCAACAACCUUUGGCCUUGAAUAUCAUAAAACAAGCUAAAUCUAUGCCAAAUACAGUGCGCACUAAAAGACGUAUGAUUGUUGAUCCACCUCAGUCGUCGGAAAUUAUUAUGCCUCCCACUUCGGCCCUGUUAAAUCAACAGCUUGUUAUAACAUCACAAUAUACUACUAUAGCACCAAAUUUGGCUAAAUUACAUGAUUAG